UUAAUCCCGCAGUAAACCAAAAUGAAAUCCCACUGCAAGCGAAGAGGAUCGAUCGAAGACGAAAUACCAGCGCGGGAUUUCCUUUAUUUUGUUGAAGAUCUCUUCCUCGCUUUCCCUCCUCUUCUCCUUCUAACACGGAAUGCUUAAGGCGGCGAAAACCUCGGGCUAUGGCGGGCCUAUUAUCUUUCCUCUUAUUGUCCUCUUCUGCCUUGCAUCCGCUUUCCGAUCUUCAUUAGUGGCCGGUCAAGACAGCCAAGAAGUUGAAGCAGUGAACUUAGUGAAACGAGCAUCGGAAAGAAUAAAAUUAAAACAGUAUGGUGAAGCAUUGGAACUUCUUAAUGCUGCGAUUGAGGCAUAUUCAAAACUUUCAGAAGCUUACCUGCAGCGAGCAUUUGUUCUUCGUCACCUCUGCAGAUUUGAGGAAUCUGAGAAUAACUACAAAAAGGUUUUAGAGCUCAAGCCCGGAACUGCAAUAGAGAAAGAUCUUUCUCAGGUGUCUCAAGCAAAAAAUGCACUGAACUCUGCACAGAAUCUUUUCGAGUCUAGCGACUUUUCAAAAGCUUUGGAGUAUAUUGACAAAGUUGUCCUUGUUUUUUCCCCUGGUUGCGUAAAGGCAAAACAUCUUAAAGUCAAGUUGCUUUUGGCUCUGAAGGACUAUUCAAGCGCUAUUUCAGAAACUGGUUACCUACUUAAAGAAGAUGAGAACAAUCUUGAUGCGCUUUUACUACGUGGCCGUGCGUACUAUUAUUUAGCUGAUCAUGACAUUGCGUCAAGGCACUAUCAGAAGGGACUUCGUCUUGACCCAGAGCACAACGAACUAAAGAAAGCAUAUUUUGGGUUGAAAAAUUUACUCAAAAAGACAAAAAAUGCAGAAGAUAAUGCUGAGAAGGGCAAAUUACGUGCUGCUGUGGAAGAUUUCAAGUCAGCCCUUGCAUUGGACCCUAGUCAUACUGCACAUAAUGUAAAUCUUUAUCUUGGUUUGUGUAAGGUGUUGGUCAAGCUUGGGAGAGGAAACGAUGCAGUCAGCAGUUGCACAGAAGCACUGAACAUUGAUGAAGAGCUUGCUGAAGCCUUGACACAGCGUGGUGAAGCCAAACUCAUAGUGGAAGAUUGGGAAGGGGCUGUUGAGGAUUUGCAAGCAGCAGCUAAAAAAUCUCCAGAGGAUAUGAAUAUUAGAGAAGCACUUCAUAGAGCUGAAAAGGCUUUGAAGUUAAGCAAACGCAAGGACUGGUACAAGAUCCUUGGGAUUUCAAAAACUGCUUCCAUUGCAGAGAUCAAACGUGCCUAUAAGAAGCUUGCCUUACAGUGGCAUCCUGAUAAGAACGUGGAAAACAGAGAAGAAGCAGAGACUAAAUUUCGUGAAAUAGCAGCUGCAUAUGAGGUUCUUGGCGAUGAUGAGAAGCGUGUGAGAUACGACAGAGGAGAAGACAUAGAGAACAUGGGAAUGGACAUGGGAGGUGCUGGUUUUAACCCAUUUGGUGGUGGUGGUGGACAACAGUUCACCUUCCAGUUUGAAGGUGGAUUCCCAGGAGGAGGUUUUCCUGGUGGAUUUGGUUUCAAUUUUUAACAUAAUUUAUAUAAUUUUUUUUCUUCUUUUAAAUCAAGUUUACAGCUUCUGCUUAUCAGAAAGCUGAGGGCUUUGAUAGGAGUAAAUGGAAGUAGGACACAGGAGAGGCAAAGGAUGUUUAGAAAAUGGUUUGGGUUCCAAUCAUGUCAAAAGAAUUUUGAACCCAUGAGAGGAUAUGAAGACAAUUUUUUCUUCUUUUAUUGAGACCUGUACCAAUUGAUAAAUUUUUUAUAUGCGGAGACCGGAUAAUGCAGAACGUCAUCCGGAGAUUAAUCAGAAUGUGUCACGUCUGCGGUACCGAGCAGUACUGAGCAGUGGUACUGAGCACAGGAUGAUGUGGCACAUUCUAAUUGGUCUCCGGAUGACGUUCGGCGUUUGCACAGAAUAAUUUUUCUUACAGAAUUAGACCUUCCCCAUCUAAAGAAACAGAUUCUUCAAUGUUGUAUUGGUUUUUUUAUUUUUCUGGAAAAAGCCCGUUUUUUGUUAAUUUUA